AUGGCUGUUUGUGCCAGGCUCUGCGGAGUUGGUCAGUCUCGGAGGUGCCGAAGGCGACAGAGGCAUAACCAGCAGGAUCAAGGCAGCGAUUCCGACAUGGACGAGGAGGAAGAGGAGCAGAUCGUGGGCAAAGGGAGAUUCGACGCAGGUGCUUGCGGAGGCCCAGAGCGCGGCGUAGCAGCCACUGCAGGGCCGAGUGACGCUUACGAAUAUGGCAGCGGUCGUGUCAACACAGGGGGCUUUCUGGAUCGCACGAGCACGGGACCUCCACACCCCCAGUCCUUAGCGGAAUUACCACCGGAGCUUUUAGUGGAAAUAUUCUCCUUGCUUCCCGGAACAACUCUAUCAAAUGUUGCCCUCGUUUGCAAGAAAUUCAGACAACUCCUCAAGACGGAAACCAUCUGGAGAAGGCGAUGCAUUGAAGAGUUUGGCAUGAAGGAGGAUCUGAGGAAGGUGGAAGCACGGGGAGUGACUAGCCAGGAUCUCUAUGUUAAACGUGUCAACCCACGAGUGAAGUCUGGGCGCUUUAUGAAGCUCCUCCCGGACUACGAGCACAUGGACUAUAGAGACGUGUACACACACUUACUUCACCCAUACAGGCAUAUUUUGGGCCUAUGGCAGCCUGACAUUGGCCCUUAUGGUGGAUUGCUCAAUGUUGUGGUGGAUGGUUUGUUCAUCAUUGGCUGGAUGUAUUUGCCACCUCACGACCCCCGCGUGGAGGACCCCAUGAGAAGGCGCCCACUCUUCCGGAUCCACAUGAUGGAGAGCAACAAGGCCACUGUGGAGUGCAUGUAUGGACACAAAGGUCCUCACAAAGGAGACAUACAGACAGUAAAGAAGGAUGAAUUUUCAACAAAGUGUAACCAGACUGACCAUCACCGCAUGCCAGGAGGCAGACAGGAGGAGUUCAGGACAUGGUUGGAGGAAGAAUGGGGGAGGACACUGGAAGAAAUAUUUCAUGAGCACAUGCAGGAGCUAAUCCUAAUGAAGUUCAUUUAUACUAGUCAAUAUGAUAACUGCUUGACAUACCGAAGGAUCUACCUGCCACCUGCAAAGCCCUCUGAUCUGCUGCAGCCAGGCCUUUUCAAAGGCACCUAUGGUAGUCAUGGCUUGGAGAUUGUCAUGCUUAGUUUCCAUGGAAUGUCUGCAAGAGCAACCAAACUCACUGGAGAUCCCAAUGUUCCUGCAGGGCAGCUCACACUGGAUGUUGACCUGUGUCGGCCUGUGGUCCUCCCAGACUUGGAGCAACAGUGUAACAUUGAGGAGCUGUCACGGCUAGUAAUGGGAGUGCAUGAGGAAGUACAGAGGGAGCAGGAACAAAAGGAAAAUGGCACUUCUGCCACAGGUAGAUGUGCAGCUGAAGGGGCCUGUGGUGGUUCCAGCGCAGCAGAGGAGAUGGAGUCAGAUCACGGUGCUUGUUCAGACAGCUGUGACUCUAGUCACAGUAGCAGAACCAAUCCUGAAACGCAGCCUUUUGUCUUGCCUAUGGGGGUCAUGGCUCGCAACGAGGAGUACCCUCGCACCUGCAGAAAAUGCUUCUAUGGGACAGGCCUGAUUGCUGGGCAUGGCUUUACAAGUCCGGAGCGCACCCCGGGGCUCUUUGUGCUGUUUGAUAAGGACCGGUUUGGUUUCAUCUGGCUGGAGUUGAAGUCUUUCAGUCUGUACAGUCGCCUGACGGACAACUUACCUCACGCUCAUGCCCCCAACUUGGAGCGAUUUGAGGCCAUGCUGCGCAACAUGCAGUCCUGGACAUCCUGAUGCACCAAGCUU